ACGGGGCAGGGCCAGCUCUGCCCGCUGCUGUCAGGGCGCCGGGUGGGAGGCACAGGGGUUGGGGGCCUGACUUUCCGGCCGAUUUCCCACAGCGGGGCCCGGGCUGCAGUCUUGGGGGCCCAGGGACGACGCGGCCGGGGGAGGACCCCCCAGAACUGGGCUGCAGAGCGGGGGAAGUGGAUCCCUUGGGUGCCAGCACCCCGGCGACUGGUGGCUGGUGGCUGGUGGCUGGGCCGAGCCGGGGCUCGCACAGAGGCGAGAGGUUCGCCCUGGAGUGUGGUGAAGGGUACUUUUCAUGGUGCAUGGAAGGAAAGCCAAUGCGCAGGUGUACCAACAUUCGACCAGGAGAGACUGGAAUGGAUGUCACAAGCCGCUGCACCCUUGGAGACCCCAACAAGUUGCCAGAGGGGGUUCCCCAACCUGCCCGCAUGCCAUAUAUCUCAGACAAGCAUCCUCGACAAACCUUGGAAGUGAUUAACCUUCUGAGAAAGCACCGGGAGUUAUGUGAUGUGGUCCUGGUUGUAGGUGCUAAGAAGAUAUAUGCUCACCGAGUUAUUUUAUCAGCCUGUAGUCCCUACUUCAGAGCUAUGUUUACAGGAGAAUUGGCAGAAAGCCGCCAGACAGAAGUAGUGAUCCGAGAUAUUGACGAGAGGGCCAUGGAACUCCUGAUCGAUUUUGCAUACACCUCCCAGAUAACUGUGGAAGAAGGCAAUGUUCAGACCCUUCUGCCAGCUGCUUGCCUCCUCCAGCUGGCAGAAAUACAGGAAGCCUGCUGUGAGUUCUUAAAGAGACAAUUAGACCCUUCUAACUGCCUGGGCAUUCGGGCUUUUGCUGAUACACAUUCAUGUCGUGAGUUGCUAAGGAUAGCAGACAAGUUCACUCAACAUAACUUUCAAGAGGUGAUGGAAAGUGAAGAGUUUAUGUUGCUUCCAGCCAAUCAGCUCAUUGAUAUAAUAUCUAGUGAUGAACUAAAUGUUCGUAGUGAAGAGCAGGUGUUCAGUGCAGUGAUGGCCUGGGUCAAAUACAGUAUACAAGAAAGACGCCCUCAGUUACCCCAGGUACUACAGCAUGUCCGUCUGCCUUUACUUAGUCCCAAGUUCCUGGUGGGCACUGUAGGCUCUGAUCCCCUGAUCAAAAGUGAUGAAGAAUGCAGAGACUUGGUUGAUGAGGCUAAAAAUUAUCUCCUGUUGCCUCAAGAGCGACCACUCAUGCAAGGACCAAGGACAAGACCCCGGAAGCCUAUCCGAUGUGGAGAAGUUCUCUUUGCAGUUGGUGGCUGGUGCAGUGGAGAUGCCAUUUCCAGUGUUGAACGAUAUGAUCCACAGACCAAUGAAUGGCGAAUGGUAGCUUCAAUGAGCAAAAGGCGGUGUGGAGUUGGAGUUAGUGUUCUGGAUGAUCUGUUAUAUGCUGUGGGAGGCCAUGAUGGAUCUUCUUAUCUCAAUAGUGUUGAAAGGUAUGACCCCAAAACAAACCAGUGGAGCAGUGACGUGGCUCCUACAAGCACCUGCAGGACAAGUGUUGGUGUGGCAGUCCUUGGAGGCUUUCUCUAUGCAGUGGGUGGCCAGGAUGGUGUGUCUUGUCUCAACAUUGUUGAGAGAUAUGAUCCAAAGGAGAACAAGUGGACCCGAGUGGCCUCCAUGAGUACCAGAAGACUUGGUGUGGCUGUGUCUGUGUUAGGAGGGUUUUUGUAUGCAGUAGGUGGUUCUGAUGGGACAUCACCACUCAACACAGUGGAGCGCUACAACCCUCAGGAGAACAGGUGGCAUACAAUAGCCCCCAUGGGGACUCGGAGGAAGCACCUAGGCUGUGCCGUGUAUCAGGACAUGAUCUACGCUGUGGGAGGGAGAGAUGACACCACAGAGCUUAGCAGUGCUGAGAGAUACAACCCCAGAACAAACCAGUGGUCUCCAGUGGUGGCUAUGACAUCCCGCCGCAGUGGAGUUGGCCUGGCAGUGGUGAAUGGACAGCUUAUGGCUGUAGGAGGUUUUGAUGGCACGACAUACUUGAAGACCAUUGAGGUGUUUGAUCCUGAUGCCAAUACAUGGAGGUUAUAUGGUGGGAUGAACUAUCGUCGUCUAGGAGGUGGUGUAGGAGUUAUUAAAAUGACACAUUGUGAAUCCCAUAUAUGGUGAAUGUCUGGAGGACACCUCAGUAUUCUGGAGAACUUUUGACUUUUGGAGCUUAUACAGCUCAAGAAAACAUUUGAACAAAUUUAUUCUUUGCUGGUGCCUCAACAUGAUGAAAAUACAAAUACAAUAACAAGUACUUCAUCUGUAAGAUGCCACCUUUGCACAAUCAUUUUCAGUUCUGUGCAGAAGAAUAUUUAUUUUUACUUUUUAAUUUAUCAUGUUUUAUUGGUUGGGUUUGGAACUUAUUUCUUAUUUUUAUUUGUUUUGAAUCUAGCCUUCCACAAAAAAAAAUUAAAAAGAAAAAAGGCAAGGAAAAAAAGACUUAAAAAUACCAAGUGAUAAGACUUUAUUUUGAAGAGAUUAACACUGAUAAAGGGAGAAGGACUGUGUUUGGUAGAUUAAUAGUUAUUCCAAGGUCCUCAUUCCAUAUGACGCUGCCACUUACAGAACUACCAGUGACAAAGACAGGUAUGCAAAGUGUUUUAGCUAUACAUCAUUGUUGCGCUAAGCAUCAGAAGAUUUGAAAAUCUUAAAACAAGGAAGCAUCUCAUUUUAAAUAGUACAAUUCAAGAGGACUAUUAAGUAGUAAAAUCAAGAUGCAGACACUGAAGUUUUCAUUGUGGAAGCGCAUAUCUUUCCUUCCAGUUGGACUUGUUUUCUGCUACAUUUUGUUUUGUUUUGUUUUAAACAUUUUAUGGUUUCUAAUAGAUCUAGAGCUCUGCUUAGUGCCUCUAUAGAAAUAGCCUAUGAAUUGCACAUGCUAUCUUACACAUCUCCCAGUAAAAUAAUUUGCAACUCUGCAAAAGGUUCUGCUCAAAAACAUAAUUGAUGGGAGCUACUUUCCUUCCCAUUUCCUUAUUGCUAUUCAGAAUCAGCAGGGAGAACUACCCUCCUCCCAGCUGUAAACACUGUUCUGCAAUUUUUAUUUGCUGCUCAGGCCUGCUGCAGAGGAAGCUCACCUGUACUAACAGUUUCCUAGGGAACAAAUGCUUUAGUUCCUAUUGUAGUGAAUGUGCAACCACUCGAGGCAUUUUGUCUUUGAUUGUUUUAUACAGGCUACCCAUUCUUAUCAUUCUAUAAAGCCACUGUUACUGUUCUCAAAUUGCACUUUCUGGUGAAAAAUUAAAAAUUUUAAGGAAAGUAAUAACAAUUUCUAUGGUCACCGGUCUAAUUUAAUUUAAUUCUUCUUUUCAUUGAGUUUACAGACCAAUCUUUUCCAAUGUAUUUUGCAGGAAAAUCAAAAGGAAUAAUUCACUCCCCCAGCCAUCCCCAAAUGUUUGGCAACUUUUGUGUUUACAUUUAAUGAUCAUUUGCACCUUUAUGAGGAAAGAUAAGUAUUUGGUGAAUAAUUGUUUACAUGUAUCAUUUAUGCUUUUUUCUAGCAUGUACAACUUUUUAAAAUAAAGAUAUUUACCUUAAAAAAAACACUUUGGUUAAUGCUUUUUAAUGUUGUAUCUUUGCUAUUUAGAUUUGCUGCUUCUAAUAAUUUUAUAUUUUCUUUAUGUAAAGUUAUACUUUCAACCUGAAAGAAUAAAGGGAUUGCCAGGUAUA